GCUUUUCAGAUAUAGCUAAAGGUAGAAUUCACAGAAAAAAUAUAUAGAGCCAGAAGAAGAGAUAAAGAGGAAGAUAAUUAAGGUCUAUGCAUAUGGAGGCUGCUUUCAGAAAACCAAAUAUUCGUGGAGGUGUAGUUAAAGAGGAGAAGAUCAAAGCUGAUGACGAAGGCUUUGUUGAAGAUAGUAAUGUUCUUAAGGUUGGCAAGGAAAGAAAAGCCCAUGAGGACGAUAAUUCCAAGUCCUCUCAGCAAAAGGAUCUCGCCAGUGACAAGGAGGACGAUCAGCUCGAAUCAGCCAAAGCCGAUAUGGAAGAGGUAAUGGAAGAAAAUCAAAGGCUGAAGACGCACUUAGAUCGAAUUAUGAAGGAUUAUCGGCACCUUCAAAUGCAAUUCCAGGAAGUUGUUCAAAGAGAUGCUGAAAGAUCUAAUACUAAUAAUAGAUGCGAUGAAGCUGAACUUGUGUCCCUUAGCCUAGGAAGGACUUCAAGCGACACAAAAAAGGAGUUGUCCAAAAUAUUGAGCAAAGAUAAGGCAAUAGAAGAUGAUAAAAGUGGCCUAACCCUAGGAUUGGAUUGCAAGUUCGAAUCGUCUGCGAAUACACGUGCGAAUUCUUCACCUUCAAAUCUCAGUCCAGAAAAUAGCUUAGGAGAAGUUAAGGACGGAAAAGGAGCUGAAACAUGGCCACCCCACAAAAUUCUCAAGACAAUGAGGAAUGAAGAAGAUGAUGUCGCACAACAAAACCCUACCAAAAGAGCGAAGGUUUCGGUCAGAGUUAGAUGUGAUACCCCCACGAUGAACGAUGGAUGCCAAUGGAGAAAAUAUGGACAAAAAAUUGCAAAAGGAAACCCAUGUCCUCGUGCUUACUAUCGUUGCACGGUAGCUCCAUCCUGCCCUGUAAGAAAGCAGGUUCAAAGAUGCAUUCAGGACAUGUCAAUUUUGAUCACUACAUAUGAGGGAACACAUAACCAUCCACUUCCUCUUUCAGCCACAUCAAUGGCUUUCACCACUUCAGCAGCUGCUUCCAUGCUGUUGUCCGGUUCAUCUAGCUCUGGAUCAGGCCCCAAUCAACCGGCAACUAACACUACUAAUGCACUCAACUACUAUCAAUCAUAUACCUCAAAACCCAAACCAUUUUACCUUCCAAAUUCGUCCAUUUCUUCCUCAUCGCACUCUCAGUUUCCUACAAUCACUCUUGACUUAACCUCAAGCUCAUCCACUUCCUUAUUGCCCCACCAUCAAAGAAUGACUAGUAGUAAUUAUCCCCCGCAAUAUAAUAAUUCUUCCACAAAUAUUCUCAACUUCAGUUCCUUCGAGUCUAAUCCUCUUCUUCCCAUGUCUUGGAGUAACGGUAACCAAGCCUAUAACAAGAACCAAGACGCUAGUUCUCUCAGCUUUGCAAGAUGGUCACAAGAAAUUCUUUCCCAAUCUUAUCUACAAAACAAUAUUAGCGUGAAGCCUACACAAUCUUUAUUACCACAAGACACAAUUGCAGCUGCAACAAAAGCAAUAACAUCCGACCCAAAGUUUCAAUCUGCAUUGGCUGUUGCUCUUACAUCUAUCAUUGGCUCACGUGGGGGAAAUCAUCAUAUUGAUGAAAACUCUAGCCAAAAUUUGAAGGUUACUGAGCAAUUUCCAGUGCUAUGCAGCUUACCAUCAACAAGUCCAAUUAAGUGCUCUUCGAGUUUUCUGAAUAAAUCAACUUUUUCGGCAAAUACACAACCUGAUCACAAAGACUACACACUCUGAUUCAUUUUACUUGCUUUUUUACUUUUCUUUAGUUAGAUUUAUGCUUGCUGAAGCAAGAAACUUGUAGAUUUUUUUUAAAAAUAUUUUUAUGAUUUGGAGGUACAAAGUCCAAGAUGUAGAUAUUUUAGUUUCAUUAGACUAAAAUGUCACUUCGCUGGCUGAAGUUACUACUUAGCAUUUACAUGUUUGUCAUCAAGGUUACUUAUAUGUGACUGCAACAUUUUGUGUAUAAAAUAAAAAUUAUCACUGUUGAUA